GUCAGUAUCGGUCCAUGAUUGAGAGGGAAAUAAUCUGCCAAUUUCUAGGUUAUGUUGGUAGUACCUGCGCGCAUAGAGAGACUGCCAAGAUCGUGUCACGUUUUCGGGUAGAUAUUUUGAUUUGCAAUCACCAGGUUACGAAUACAAAAAGAACCUCGUUGAGUGAACAUCUUUCCUCUGUUAGUCUGUGUUUUGUGAUUACACCGAAAGUGUUUUACUUCGAGUAUAAAGAGGCAUAGUAUGAUAGAAUGUCGGUGAAAAAAAUACAGAGGAAACCGAAGCACGUGUUGCCGAAAAUCAAACGUUUCGUGCAGGAGUUCAAAAAUAGAAAACCGCAGAAGAACGAAGUACAAAAGUCAGCGAAGAACAAAAAAACCUUGGUCAUUGCUCAUGAAAUAAAAUUUGCCAAACUACUUGCUGGUAAUGACAAAAAAGUUAGAGACAAGGUGCUGAAGAACCUAAGAAAAUGGUUAACUGUGCGAUCCGAGAGCACCUUUGCCUUCGAGGAACAAGAUUUCAUGAGGUUGUGGAAGGGCCUCUAUUACUGCAUGUGGAUGUCGGAUAAACCAUUGAUUCAAGAAGAGCUAGCAGAGUCGCUUAGUAAACUCGUACAUUGUUUCAAUAAUAAAGAUACUGCUCUGCUUUAUAUUAAAUGUACCUUACUGUCUCUUGCAACUGAAUGGUUUGGAAUUGAUCAGUACAGAUUAGACAAAUUCCAAAUGUUGGUACGAAGAAUCAUUCGACAAACUUUUGAAAUGUGUAAAAAGAAACUAUGGAAUCGGGAUUGGGUUAACGGAGUUACAAAGAUAAUUGAAGAUCUUUUAGUAAAAUCAAAAGCUACCAUAGGUUUUAGUUUGCAUGUAACUGAAUUGUACAUGGAAGAAUUGGCAAAGGUGAGCGGAGGCGAUGUACCAGAAGAUGUUGUCGUAGAAUUUGUCAGGCCCUUUGCAGUGCACUUGGCAACUAUGAACGACGAAAGAGAAAUACGGCAUGUCAUGAAACACGUUUUUAGGUACCUAAUUUUUCAAUCCGAUCCCGGCUUGGAUUACAUGGAAAAGUUCGAAGCUUGGAGACACGCAGGUUUUCCUGAUGGAGACAUUGAAUCAAUGCAAAAAGUAGAAGAAGAUGAAUCUGACGAAGAUGAACCUGACGAAGAUGAUAACGAACAGAAAAGUGAUUUUGAUGAUGAUCAUCAGAUUGAUAAUAUAGAGGAAAGACCAUUGGAUCCGCGAGCUGGAAGAGUCGAUGUUGAUUUACCACAAUUACCAGUUAAUGGUAAAGCCAUUGCUGAUAUGGUUAUGAACUACAGAUUUCAUCCGUCGUCUACAACAAAGUCUCGACGGCAAAUAGUUAGGGUAGCUAAAGAGUAUAAUGAGUUGUCUGAAGGCAACAUGCCAUUAGGUAUUAAGAAAGUGAAAAUUCACGAGGGUUCCAAAUCUGAAACUAGUUCAAAGAGUGCAGCAUGGAGAUUAUUGAAGUUUGAACAAAAACUUUAUUCUGAUACUAUCAGACGUAAACGUAAGAAAAAAACUAGCGAAGUGAUAGAAGAGGAUCCAAAUUCCGAGCAAGAUUCUGAUUUCGAAAUCAAAAAAAUAAAGUCUGAAAAUGCUACCAAGGCGAAGAAACGAAAUGCAAAAAAGAGCACAUCAGUGGAGCACAUAUCAGAGUAUGAAAGUGUCGAAGCUAACCCUCGCAAAGUAAAGUCAAAUGCAGUAGAAUCUUCUAAAAAAAGGAAAAGAAGUGCAAAGAUAAGAGAUGACGGAGAUGUAACCACAAUUACUGACACUCCAAAAAAGAAAAAGUUGAAAGGGGUAAACAAACCAUCUCUGCAAAAUGGUGACUCGUCCGAUGCAAAUAAGAGUAUUCAAAACGCGAGUAAAAUUACCAAACACAAGCCGCUUAAGGAUGAAUGCAAAUUAUCCAAUCCCGAGCCUUCUACGCUAAUAAAGAAAUCUCUUAUCAAGAAUGGAUUAAAGAAAGUAAAGAGAUACAGUUGUGAGGGGAAUUGGAGCGUUUCAGCGGAUAUUAGUUCAACGUCACCGUCAAUAUCAAAUCUUCGUGUUCCAACUACUAGUUUACAGGAUAAUUCAAAAUCAGUCAAAAAGUCACAACCGAACAGGGCAUUAUCCUGGUUGACACCAGUGAGGAAAAAGGAGUCAAUAAAACAGUCUAGCACACGGAUUUCCACCAAUAAUGCAACCAGUUUCACCACACCAGGAACACAAGCAAUCAAAAAUCUUUCGUCGUCCUCUUCCAAAAAGAAAGUGAAAAUAGAUCUUCAGAAAAAUACAGCUCAGCACACGUCGGAUUAUAGGCUUCAGUUGAAAAAAAGCCCUGCCAUACCUUUUGACGCCAACCGAAAGCCUUCUGUGGGCGUACUCAAACCCAGUCCGAUACAAAGUCCAGUAAAUCCAUUUUAUAAACAGAAUUUUAAAUAGGUAUUUCAAUUCUAUACUUACUACAAUUUGCUGAAUAAUUGUUGCUUUCUUCUUUUUUUUUGUGGGAUUAUGGAGAGGCAGUUGUGAUCGAAUUUGUGUUACACUUUUGAUUUUAAAAUCAGAUAUGUACAUACAUCCAGUGCACAGAAACAUGAUUUUAAUUGAAUGAAAAUUGAAUUACACUAAAUCCAUUUGACUUGUGACUAUACAUGUCACAAUUACACAUUGUUGCUACCAUUCAUGAAAGUAAGUUUAUUAAAUAUUGAAAUAUUAAUCAGCUACAGGCAUAUGAAACGAAAAACAUGUAACACAUGUAUAACUAACAUCAACGUACUCAUCAUUGAUAAGUGUGUUUGAGAAUCAGUGAUAGUACGCAUUUGUUGAACAUUUCUUCUUCUAUUGAAGAAAAUAAAUAUCGAUUAAAAACAGAUUACUAUUUAUCAUUUAUCCUUAACUAACGAUAAAACUAUUCAUUCAUAUUGAGCAGACCUAAUUUAUUCGAUUGCUGAUUUUGUUUUGGACAAUGUCCGAGUUUCAAAACGAAAAGUGACAUCGAUCAAUGGUAUACCAUUGGAUUCUUAGAAUGCUGAAUUCAUCUAAUAACGAUCAGCUUUUGUGUUAGAUUCAUGAAAUGAAAAGAAAGUAUCACUCCACAUGAAUUGUAAGAACAAAGUUUUU